UGCUGCUUGAGCUGAACAAUUAAGGGUUCUAAAGUCAAAAUCAUGAGAUUAAUAAUGCUAGGAAAAUCUUCACUUUUUAAAAUAAUUCUCCUUGGAGAUGGUGGAGUUGGGAAGAGCUCUCUAAUGAACAGAUAUGUGACCAAUAAGUUUGAUACCCAGCUCUUCCAUACAAUAGGUGUGGAAUUUUUAACUAAAGAUUUGGAGGUGGAUGGACAUUUUGUUACCAUGCAGAUUUGGGACACAGCCGGUCAAGAGCGAUUCAGAAGCCUGAGGACGCCAUUUUACAGAGGUUCUGACUGUUGCCUGCUCACUUUUAGUGUCGAUGAUUCUCAGAGCUUCCAGAACUUGAGUAACUGGAAGAAAGAAUUCAUAUAUUACGCAGAGGUGAAAGAGCCCAAAAGUUUUCCUUUCGUGAUUUUGGGCAACAAGAUUGACAUAAGUGAACGUCAAGUGUCUACAAAAGAAGCCCAAGCCUGGUGCAGGGACAACGGCGACUAUCUUUACUUUGAAACAAGUGCAAAAGAUGCCACAAAUGUCGCAGCAGCCUUUGAGGAAGCAGUUGGAAGAGUCCUUGCUACUGAGGAUAGGUCAGAUCACCUGAUUCAGACAGACACAGUCAGUCUGCACCGAAAGCCCAAGCCUAGCUCAUCUUGCUGUUGAUCGUCAGAGAGGUUGCCUGUGCGAUCUAACCAACUUACACACAUUCGCAGAAACAAAACACGGUGGAGAAGAGAAUUAGCAUUUGCAGCAAUGGACCAUCUACUCAUAAAAUUAAACUAACCAUAUUGCUGCUUUGUUAGUGGGUGGGAGAAGGGACACAUCCACUCAUGGAAGAAUCAAUUUACUCAGUAGUGGCACCUUACAUUUAUAAAUUGUAAUGGUUGUCUAAUAACAUUUAAUUUAAAUAUGUACGUUACAGAGCUAAUAAAUGAGAUGAUCAAUACUUUAAUUAUAAUUAAAACAAAACACUUGAAUAUU